UUUCCGGUUUUCUAAAGCCAUAUACUUGUGGAUUAUUUCGUUUACUGUUUCUAUCUCUCUCCUCUCUCUCUCUCUCUCUAAAAAAACUCUCUCUCUCUCUCUCUCUCUCUCUCUAUACGUAUACGCAUCACUUCCUUCAGCCGGAAUACCUCUCUUUUCUCGCCGGUAAACCGCUCGUUCGCCGGCGAACGGCCUCCGAAGACUCGCUCGGGGAAUUGUUGGUCCUGUUUUUGUUGUUGAUUCGAUUUGGUUUGUGUGGAGUCGGUGACUCGGUUGGUGGAAUCGGUCCGAUCUCUGAGUUUGACUCGGUUCGUGGUGGAUUUCGAGAAUGUGGUGUGUUUGAGGGCUUGUUUGGGAUCGUUCAUGGCUGAGAUUGUUGUCUAGGGUUUGGUUUUCGGCGUUUGGAUUUGUUUUUUUUGUAGUAUUUGGCUUUUUUUGGGUUGGUUUCGUAGUUCGGCGAAGGGAAAGAAGACGGAGGCUUCCAGGGACAGGCUUCGGAAUGAGAUGGUGGAAGGAAGGGUUUGUAUGUCCCGAGAGGCUAAAUUAGAAUUUCUGAAGCAUAAAAGGCUUCAGCGUAUGAAACCUGAAACUUUGACGAAUACUGUGUGUGUCACUAACAUGAUGACUAGAAGCGGAGGAGAUGCUUUAAGAGGUUCAGCAUCAUGCAGCAUGAGAUUACAUGGUAAUGCAGAUACAUUUUCUCGAUCUGGUGGUGCUUCAAAUGGGAAUGAUGCAUUUUCAAAACGCAAGGUUAUUAAGUUUGACUUAAAUGAUCUCGAAUGGAUUGAAAAAAUUCCUGAGUGUCCUGUUUAUUGUCCAAGUAAAGAGGACUUUGAGGAUCCUUUGGUUUAUCUGCAAAAGAUAGCACCAGAAGCUUCAAGAUAUGGUAUAUGCAAGAUUGUUUCCCCAUUGAAUGCAUCUGUUCCUGCUGGUAUGGUGUUGAUGAAAGAGAAAGCAGGUUUUAAGUUUACAACUAGAGUGCAACCCCUCCGUCUUGCUGAGUGGGAUACUGAUGACAAGGUCACCUUUUUCAUGAGUGGGAGGAAUUACACAUUCCAUGAUUUUGAGAAAAUGGCGACCAAAGUUUUUGCUCGUAGAUACUACAGUGCUGGAUGUCUUCCUGCCACGUACAUGGAAAAAGAAUUUUGGCAUGAAAUAGCUUGUGGAAAGACAGACAGUGUUGAAUAUGCUUGUGAUGUUGAUGGUAGUGCCUUUUCAUCUUCUCCCAAUGAUCAGCUUGGAAAAAGCAAAUGGAAUCUCAAGAAACUUUCUCGCUUGCCCAAGUCUGUAUUACGUCUUCUCGAAACUGCAAUUCCGGGAGUUACCGAACCAAUGCUAUAUAUUGGGAUGCUAUUUAGUAUGUUUGCUUGGCAUGUGGAGGAUCAUUAUUUGUAUAGUAUCAACUAUCAUCAUUGUGGGGCGGCAAAAACUUGGUAUGGUAUUCCUGGACAUGCAGCUUUAGAUUUUGAAAAGGUGGUCCGGGAGCAUGUUUAUACUCAUGACAUACUAUCGACUGAUGGAGAGGAUGGGGCGUUUGAUGUGCUUUUGGGGAAAACAACCUUGUUUCCUCCAAAUAUUUUGCUAGAACAUAACGUCCCAGUCUACAAGGCUGUGCAAAAGCCUGGGGAAUUUAUAGUAACUUUCCCUAGAGCAUAUCAUGCAGGAUUUAGUCAUGGUUUUAAUUGCGGUGAAGCGGUGAACUUUGCAAUUGGUGAUUGGUUCCCUCUCGGGUCAAUUGCUAGCCGACGUUAUGCACUUCUUAACCGGAUACCUCUCCUUCCUCAUGAGGAACUCCUUUGCAAAGAAGCAAUGCUGCUUCAUAGAAGUUUGGAGCUGGAAGAUCCAGAUUAUUCAUCCACAGAGUUGAUCUGUCACCGUAGCAUUAAGAUUUCUUUUGUUAAUUUGAUGAGGUUCCAGCACCGUGCACAGUGGUGUCUAAUGAAAACAAAUGCAUGCAUUGGUGUUUCUCUAAUUUCUCAUGGAAUUCUCUGCAGCCUAUGCAAACGUGAUUGUUAUGUAGCAUACCUCAAUUGCAACUGUUGCUUGCAUCCCAUAUGCCUUCGCCAUGAUAUUAAGUCACUUGACGUUCCUUGUGGGGGAAAUCGUACUUUGUGUUUGAGGGAAGAUAUUCUUGAUAUGGAAGCUGCUGCCAAGAAGUUUGAGAAAGAAGAGGAUAUAUUGUGUGAGGCUCAACAACAGUGUAGAAGUGGUGGUGAUUUAUUUCUCCUAUCAAAUGAGUUCCCAACUACCGAACAGGAUGGAUACAGUCCUUAUUGUGAGAUAAAUUUUGAUUUGAUCCCAGAAAUUGCCAAAACUCAAGAUCAGAGCAUUGGAGCAGAAAAUUUCAAGACUGAAUUAUCAUAUGCCUCCCUUUCUUCUGCUGCAUCCACGCUUUGUUCUUUUCUAGAACCAGCUGAAAAUAUUUCCAUGGCCAACAAUGUACAGUUUCAUGCUAACUUCAGUUUAGGAGAUAUCGGAUCUACAAAGUUUUCUAAAGACGUAACUCGCAAUGUGUAUGAACCUUCACAAACUUCUGUUAGUGAUGCAAGUUUGGGUACACGAGAGGUUAGGCCUGUUCUAGCUCAGGACAGUGAUGAGUCUGAUUCAGAGAUAUUCAGGGUUAAACGCCGUUCAUCUGUAAAAACGGAACAAAGAAACGUGAAUGAUGCAAUCUCUUCAAAUUUCGAACAUCAGGGGCUUAAGCGACUAAAGAAACUCCAACCUGUGGGAAGAUGCGGGCAAUUGAUGUCAGCAGAGUGUUCGACAGCCUCUAAAGAAACUUCAGAUGGUGCUUCGAGAGACAGGUUUGCCAGAGGAACCACUGUUCCCGUGUCAAUUAAAUUUAAGAAAACUGCUAAUGAGGAAGCGGUGAGUAAAUACAGAGAACAGCGCAGAGAUGGUAGGUUUGACCAUGACUUAGGAAGGACAAUAAGAGAACCACUUCCUAUAGAGAUUGGUCCAAAGCGCCUUAAAGUCAGAGGCCCAACAAUUCUUGAGUAGAUCUCUAGGACCAACACAAAAUCCGGUUAGCCUGCCUCUGGAGCAUCAUCUAGAUCCUGACUCUGCUAACUCAUUUUUUUCUCUCUAAUGGAGUUCUAACAACAGGGCAAGACUGAAAAGAUUGAUUUGGGGAGCAGCGGCAAAAAAUUAACCAAGUUUAGAUGACCAAAAAAAGUUUAUGAUUCUUUGUGCAGGCCUCGAAUUGGGGCAAAUUUGCAUGCCGGUGAUUCUUGGGGUUCUCGGGCCGGGGGUAAUAUUUUUUUCCAAAGUCUUUGGCAGGGGAACCUUCCUGCAAGUAGAAAGUAGAUUUUGUGGUUAAUGACUUUGAUGUAAAUUUGUCAUUUUUAACAAUCACAGAUUUAAUUCUUGCGAGGAAAGUGGGUAAUUCCCAUUUUGUCCUCUUAUUUAAUUUCAGAGUCUGCUGCUUCCCUUUGCUAAGGGUUCUUUAUUCUUUCUUGUAGCAAUGGGUCAUCAUCUCAUUUGUCCCUUGGACUACUUUAAUAAAAUUCCAAAAUUCCUUCUUGCAUUC